CUAUACAUCCAGAUUGCGACUCGACAAGAUGGUCUGACCCCUGAAUUGAGAGAGACACAAUAAAUACGAUGGCAUUGCAAUUAAUCGGCCCUCCCUCCCUUCUUGCCCCACCUGCUACGGGCCAUCACCGCAUCCUUGUGCCGUUGGAUGCGAUCGCCCUCGCGCGCCACCUUCUUGAUGAAUGUCUUGACUUUGUCCUUGAAGUCUCUGUGCCGCUUGUGGGCCGCAUCGCUCGCGGUGGCAUGGGGUCCGAUGUUCUUCAUGGUCUCAUGCAGCUGCGCUCUGUCGUGCACGUUCUUGUCGCCAAGUAUCUCGGCAUAGAAUGCAUCGGCCUUGCGGCGCGCAUCGGCCCCGCUGAUGGCGUUCUGCUUCUUGAGCAGCCCAUCUGCCGUGGCGAUAUCGGGAGGCUCCUUGCAGAGGGCGUCGUAGAUGGCAGCGAAGCAUCGCCGCUCAGGGGUCACCAUGAGCGUGACGUAGUCGGCAAUCAGCUGCACCUCAAAAUCAGUAGUAUAGACAUUCUGAACAGACAAAGAAACACAUGCCCAUGCGAUGCGCCCAAUGAGAUGCGACUGGCUGUGCAUGGCAGCAUACCUAUUUCGGCGAGGACCCCGCCUCUGUCGCCGUGGCCUGCUCCGACUCAACAUCUACACCCACCUGAGCCCACCACACAGACAAUUGCACACACAUGCUGAGCUGACGAGCGUUGCGCAGUGCUGGUGCAUCCAUCCAUCGAUGUUGACAACGCACCCGGUGACUGUCGCCUUGUUGGUGCUGAGGUGAACCCACACUGGGCUGCCUGUGGCGCUUCUUGCCCCGCCCCCGCGGCUCAGAGCGGCCGGUGUGCCGUCGGCCCUCGAAGCCUAUAGGCAUGCUCGCGUCUGGCUUGGUGUGGUAUGGCAUGCCGGGGACGAGGCUGUCGGCGUACUGGGGGUGGCCAGGCGAGUAGAGGGGCAGGGGGCCGAGAGAUGGGUGGUGUGGGAAGGACGGGGGAGGGGGCGGGGGGCCGAGUAGAGAGGGAAGGGGAAAAUCAUGGGCAGCAAAGGGCAUCAUGGGCGGGGGAAAAUCAUGGGCAGCAGAGGGCAUCAUGGGCGGGUAGGGCUCACGCAUCUGACCACACUGAAACAUGGUGCACACGACACGACAAGGGGGAAUGGUGGAUGUCUGUCUGAACAUAUUUAUUAUGCGGUCUUGUCAGUCUGAGUGGUCGGGCUCACCUGAUUUGCACGUAGUUGUUCGAGCUGUGCGACAAGACCACUAAACUGACUCUCCUGACCACAAAUAUCCGACACAUGUCAUGUCGUCUGCGUGAUGCCCGUGUCACGUGUGAGGCCCUUACCAGUUGCUGCUGUCGAGCCAUCAGGUCGAACUGUCGCCCCUCCGGCUGAGCAGUCGGCAUCGCAGCGCCAGCCGAGCCCCCGGCGGCCGUCGUGUUCUCUGCACACACAGACACACGCACUCAAACACACAUUCGUGGCCCCUUCCCUUGUGGGCUGGCUAGACGCCUGGGCUGCGUACCGUCAAGAGGUCUUCCCCAUGUGUCGUGCAUGGUCGUGAUGUAGUUGCUUUGGAGGCGCUCGAUGGGCAUUCGGCGGUUCUUGCCGUCGCCGAUGGGCUCCCACCGCAGAACCUCGAACGG